AUGACUGCGGGCGAUGUGGUCGUCGCCACCAAACCAUUAGUUCAUAUCAUUUGUUUACUUAAGUUUCGUUAUAAAACGCUGUUAACAGAGUUUGCUCACCUAGUCGACUUCUUCACGCGCUUUACGAAUGAGUGCAAAGUCGUUGGACAUAAGCUCUUUGAUAGGGAUCUAGAACUUCUUCGUUGGUUUGUGUUUCUGGUGAUCAGUCCAUCACAUGUGGCACUCAAGUGGUACUCAACUGAUCUCAAGGACUAUCAGUACUAUUCAGAUAAAGUUUGCCGAUCGGUAUGUCUGGAGAUGUCAUCUCUGAGCCACUCAUGUAUUCCUAACUCAGCGAUCGUUACGAAUGGACUUUCAGUGCAAUUACGAGCCCUUAAGGAGAUCCCAAUUGGCGAUGAGAUGACAAUAAGUUACGUGCGUUUGGAUCAGAAUAAAGCCGACCGACAAAGACAAUUGAGAAGUGAUUUCUAUGUGAAAGGCUGUCAUUGUGUGAAAUGUGACCAAAAUCUCGACUCAAAUGUCGAUUACAAGACAUUUGAAGAGUUGAUUGAAGAGGAGAUUUAUCAGUUCAUUGACAGACGAAGAGUUGAUCCAAAUUAUUGCGAGACUUUGCGAUCAAAACUGAUUCCCUUAUAUCGGUCAACAUAUGAUGAUUAUCACCCCUUUCUGACGGCAACUCUUAUGCAACAGUCGUUUGUGAGCCGAUUGUCGGCAUUGAGAGGAUGUGAACCGGUAUUCAAAUGGAAAGCAAUGUUUCAACAAUAUUACCAAUUAGUCGAUCAACACCUGAGGGUCACUCAUGGUAUACAUCACCCACUCUUCCACAUCUUCUACAAGACUGCUAACAAGUGA